CAACGCCAUGUCCUUACGUCGCAAUGACGCCCCGGACUCCCAGACCGGCGUCCUCCCGGUGCUGCCGGCCGACGGGCUCCCGGGCCGCGACCCCCGCAGCAACGCCGCGACCGCCGCCUCGGCCGCCGGCGUCCGCGCCUUGAGCGCCCAGGUCGUCGCCUUCUACUUCCGCGCCCCGGCGAAGGCCUUUUUCCGCACCCGCGUUGAUUAUCUCGCCUAUGCCCGGAUUAUUCACCAGACGCAGACCAAGAUUCUGCUCAGGGCCGUGGCGGCUGAUACGUCGGCGUCGAGGCUCAACUUGUUCUUCCGCCAGGCGUGGCUGGUGAUGAGAAGCACCACGCCCGGAGUCCUAACAUCGGCUAUCAAGCAUCAGGGAUGGGGCAUUGUGCCUCACCAAAUCCUCCCUCCGCUCAUUGCCAACGUCGGCGUCGGCGCAGUCCUGUACACUAGCUACCUCCAGAUCCUGGGCCGCCUGCACGAAGAGAGCGGCCAGGCGCGCAAGAGGGUGUACCCGCCGCCGCAGCCCGCGCACACCUUCGCCGCGGGCUUCCUCGCCGGCGGGCUGCAGAGCGUCCUGGCCGCGCCGCUGGAUGCCCUCCAGGCGCGCUACGACCACCGGGACCUGAUGCCCAACGACGGCAGCGGCAAGCCCCGGAGCAUGUGGACCUUUGGCGCCGAGAAGCUCCGCGAGAUCGGGCCCCGGGGCAUCUUCGCCGGAUGGGGCCUGUCGUUCGCCAAGGACAGCCUGGGCAGCGCCGUCUUCUUCACCAUCUUCGAGUACGUCAAGGCCCAGGGCUACUACCGCUUCGUGACGUGGUACUACGGCGGCCUGGCCGAGGACAUUGUCGACGUGCUCGCCAUGAAGCGCCCGGCGCCGCGGGCCCCCGACGCCGAAACCAUCCUCAUCCGCCCGCACUACGCCCUCGAGCCCGCCUUCCUGCUCGUCGCCGGCAUCAGCGCCUCCUUUGCGCAGCAGGUCCUGCUGCACCCGCUGACGCACUUCCAGGUGCAGCACUGGGACCACCUGGAGGAGCUGGACGCCAAGGCGGCCAAGAUGCGGGCGUCGGCCGCCGCGAACCCGGACGCGCCGCGCCGCCGCUGGCGCAUGAUGCGCGCCUACUACCACGCGUACCAGGAAUCGCUGGCCGUGUGCUCCACCGCCGCGGCCUCCGAGGGCCUCAGCCUGAGCCGCUGGCUGUACCGCGGCUUCUGGUGGAACGCCAUCCGCCAGGUGCCCAGCACGAGCGCGGGGCUCAUCAUCUUCGAGUUGAUACGGCGCAAGUACGGGUUUGGCACCGAGGAGGUGCGCAUCAACAAGGAUGGGUACGACAUCCUACUCCACUGAUAGGAAGGACUGGGCUUGGCUGGGCUGCGACAACGGCGUUAUGAAAUUACCACACCUCUCUUGUGUAUGUGAUAGACUUUUCCCCUCUUUGGUUAUUGGCUCGGACGGCAUUAGAAGCAUCUCCCAUGCAUGACAUUAGAAAUGAAACCUCACUGGCUUC